AUGAACAAGAGCCAGGCCGGCUUCUUCUUCGACCUGCCGUAUCUGCAGGACCUGUGGCAGCUGGUCAACGACGUGGUAGACUACAAAAGGUCUGACGCAGCGGACAACCUACCCGUCAUUGUCAAGGACGAGGCGGCUGAAUUCCCGUAUGAGCUUAGUCUUAUGAAGAACGUUGGGGCCUCUGCGAAGGGUUCCAGCGUUGCUCUCGCUAGGACGCGAGGAGCGAUGUCGACUGUCGAAUGCUUCUUGUGCGGGAUUGACACGGUGACGGUUGCCGACAUGCGGGCACACGUCGCUCAACGUCACCUGCUGCAAACUCCACUGAGGAUCACUGAUUGGGACAUGCGACAGGACCGGUGCGGCUUCUGUGGACUUGCCGGCACGUGCCCAGUCUCCUUGGUCGGGAAGGGCAACAAAAACGAGGCGAAGAAGAUAUCCACGCAGUGCCGUUACGUCCCGAGGAAGGAAGGGGCAACGCUGACCAACGACGUUCAGUUGAGGCUGUCCUCGGCGGCAAAGUUCUACGCCACGAACCCCGUGCACGAACGUGCCCAUGGACUGCUCGGCUUGUCGCUUGCGAAACCAGACGGUAGUCGUGUGGAAGUACUGCAUGCCGGUGCACGUGAUGCACGCGCACGGUGGCCCAGACAGCCCCGAAAUUCUCCCUCACAAGGAGUUCGUAGCAUCGUUUCAGUUGAGCGAAGAAGAGGUUAA